CGAUCUUAGGACGCGCUCUUCAAAAUGGCGGCGCCCAGGGGCUCCCGGUAGCUUCACUGGGGGCUUCGUGCGCGCCCUGAGGGGCCUUCCGUGCCGAGGAUGUUGCGCGCGUCCAUCAGAGAGAUUUCUGCAGCUCUAAAGGAAGGCCAAGUAAGUCCAACGGAACUUUGUCAGAAGUGUCUCUCCCUCAUAAGAGCCACCAGAUUCCUUAAUGCAUACAUCACUGUUUCAGAAGAGACAGCAUUAAGGCAGGCUGAAGCAUCAGAAAAGAGGUACAAGCAAGGUCAGACUCUAGGAGUUUUAGAUGGUAUUCCUGUUGCUGUGAAGGAUAACUUCAGUACAUCUGGAAUUGAGACAACAUGUGCAUCUGUUAUGCUAAAAGGAUAUGUCCCUCCUUUCAAUGCAACAGUUGUUCAGAAAUUGCUGGAUCAAGGAGCUGUACUUCUUGGAAAAACAAACCUAGAUGAAUUUGCUAUGGGUUCAGGGAGUACAGAUGGAGCCUUUGGACCUGUCAGAAACCCCUGGAGUUAUUCUGGACAGUCCAGGGGGAAAUGCAUGCAAAACCCCAAGGCUCAAAAUGAAGACAACAGCUGGUUCGUAACUGGAGGAAGCUCUGGAGGCAGUGCUGCUGCAGUAUCAUCUUUCACAUGCUUUGCGGCACUGGGUUCUGAUACAGGCGGAUCUACCAGAAAUCCAGCCUCUCUCUGUGGAGUUGUUGGCCUGAAGCCAACCUAUGGCCUGGUUUCUCGUCAUGGUCUUAUUCCACUUGUUAACUCUAUGGAUGUACCAGGCAUUUUAACAAGAUGUGUUGAUGACGCAGCCACCAUAUUGGGUGUACUCGGGGGGCAUGAUCCAAAAGACUCAACUACCGUGCAGGACUCUUUUCAGCCAUUUCGGCUACCCAGUUUAACAGAAUUGAAGAAUCUUUGCAUCGGUAUACCAAAGGAAUACAAUAUACCAGGACUGUCUCGUGAAACACUGGCAGUAUGGUCCAAGGCAGCUGACCUUUUUGAGAAAGCUGGUGCCAACGUAGUAGAUGUGAGUCUGCCCCAUACUGGUUACUCCAUUGUCUGUUACCAUGUGCUGUGCGCAACAGAAGUAGCAUCAAACAUGGCUCGAUUUGAUGGCCUUGAGUAUGGACAUCGAAGCAGUGUUGACAAAUCAACUGAAGCCUUGUAUGCAGCGACACGCCGAGAAGGUUUUAAUGAUGUUGUAAGAGGAAGAAUUCUAUCAGGAAACUACUUCUUGCUAAAACAAAACUAUGAGAAGUAUUUCCUCAAAGCCCAGAAAGUAAGAAGACUCAUUGCCACUGAUUUUGCAAAACUCUUCAGUUCUGGUGUUGAUAUUUUGCUUACUCCAACUACUCUCAGCCAUGCUGUGCCAUACACAGAAUUCAUCAAAGAGGACAACAGAACCCGCAGCACACAGGAUGACAUUUUCACACAGGCUGCCAAUAUGGCUGGGCUGCCAGCUGUAAGUGUUCCUUCUGCCCUGUCUGAGGAAGGCUUACCAAUUGGGCUGCAAUUUAUUGGUCCUGCUUUCCAUGAGGCAAAACUUCUCACAGUAGCAAAAUGGUUUGAAAAUCAAGUGAAGUUCCCUGCCAUACAGCUAGAAAGGGUCAUGGAUCAUCUUGACACUGUCUCUCACCAGGAGCAGUCUGCAUUUUUUUCAUGAAGCAUGACUGGAGGAUUUAUUUAUACAGGGAAGGGAAAAAGAUUAUGGGGAGUCCAAAGCUUUGUGUUUUGAACGUAAUUUCUGUAUAAAUGAUAUCUCUCUUAUUCAAGAACUUUGGAAAGAAAUACAAACUGAAACCAUCUAGUAUAUUUUCAGUGCAAUUAAAUUAUCAUCAGAUUUGAA